AUGGCGUUGGACUCAAUUGUCAAAAAUGUUUGCCACGCGCUUGUGAUUUUUUUUUCAAUUUUUGAGGAAAUCUGCAAUUUCUAGGUGAAAAUGUCCCUUGGUUUGACUCCUGGUAUCUCAAUUGAGUCUCUAGGACUCACAGGCAAACUCUUCUCUGAUGACCUUCCCAAGAAAUCAAAACAAACCCCGAAGAAGGAUGAACUCGAUGACUUCUGCGCCUUUAUGGGCAUCGAGAGUGCCCUGUGUUCCACCAAGAGUCCCGUGGACACUCAGAGUCGAGAUCUGCUGAAGAUUGAUGUAGAAAAGGAGCUGCUGAAGACGGGAAAUCAGGAAAUUCUGCAGAGACACUCCCGGAGCCAAAAGAAGAAGCUGAACAAGGAAAUGAGGGAGAAGCAGAAGGGCAAGGAAUGGUUUAAUUUGCCAGCAACGGAAGUAACUGAUGAGAUCAAGAAUGAUCUGAAAGUCCUGCAAAUGCGAUCAGUUCUCGAUCCCAAACAUUUCUACAAGAAGAAUGACCUCAAAGUCCUGCCCAAGUACUUCCAAGUUGGCCAGUAUCUGGACUCUCCGCUGGACUAUCAUCAGGAGAAGCACGUGAAGAAGAGCAAGAAGAGGAGCAUCGUCGAUGAUCUGCUCAAAGAUGCAGAAUUCCAGAAGAGGAUCAAGCGGAAAUACAAAGAGAUUGCAGCCAAAGAGAAGCCCUUCUACAGGAACAAGAAGUCCGGGGAGAGCAAAAAGUUCAGGAAGGAGAAGAAAAAGAAGAAAUAAAGAUUUAUUUUUCCAGUU